AUGACGACGGGCCUCGCGUCCCUGCCGCUCGAGCUCCUGCUCUGUGUCAACGAGCACCUCGGUGUCCGCGACCAGGCCCGCCUCGCCGCCUCCAGCCGCGCCCUCUACGCGCUCCUCCUGCCCGUCGUCUGCCGCCACGCCAUCCAGCGCUGGCCGUACCUCCUCCACUGGGCUUCCCAGGUUGGCCACGCGAACCUCGUCUCCCGCUUCCUCGCCGCGGGCGCCGAUGCCGAGGCACUCUGCUUGGUCCAGUCCUGGAUGAAGUACCGCCACGCCGCCUCUGCUGACGUUCUCGUUGGCAUGUACAAGCACAACUCGUUCCACGACGAUGGGCCAGCCUCGAUGAGGCGCCCCGAUUCUGCCGACUUGGACUUGGACUCGGACUCGGACUUCUGCGGGUGUGAAUCUUGCCGCAACCAGCUGAUGGACGAAUGGCAAGACACCUGGUCCGACUACUUUCCCAACCGCGCCGCCCGCUCCAUCGCCAGCGAGCCUCUGGGCAGUGAUGUUCAUGACUCGGACCACGAAUGCUCCUUCCCCAGCACCCCCGGCAGCGACGUCUGGAGCAGCUGGGAGAACACACACAAUGCAGGCUUCCAGCCACUCCAUGCGGCAUGCGCAAAGGGCCACCUCCACAUCGUCGAGCUACUCGUCAAUCACGGCGCCAAGAUCGCCAGCAUGUGCUUUGGACUCUGCAACUGUCCCUUGCCCAUACUUCCCGGCGAUCGCUGUGCCGAGUGCAAGACGCCCAGUCUCCACCACAACACCCCUCUGCAGCUUGCCAUCUGCCGCGGCCAUACUGCGGUUGCCGAAUACCUCCUGUCGCGCUUCACCACGGUCGACCCUCCUGUUGCACCCUACGCCGAUGAUGCGCUCAUGGCUGCCGUAGCCACAAAGAACCAUCGCCUCGUCGCUGCUCUGCUCCAGGCGCCACACAAUGCCAUUGUCAUCGCACACGAUUCCAUGGGCUGGAUGCCACUAGCCUAUGGGGUCCUCCGUCGCAGCUCACCAGCCACCAUUGACGUCCUGCUUCGUGCGGGCGCGGAUCCCGAUCAAGAACUCGGCGAUGGUGCCACUCCUCUAACUGUCGCUUGCUGGGACGGACAGUACGGAUCUGCUGCCUUACUGGCAGCUCAUACCAAAGUGCCGGAUCAGAGAUGGUGGAGCCCACCCAUGAAUCGUCUUCCACGGCGCAAGAUCAAAACUGGCCGACCGGCCUUCUUGAAUAUCAGCGCAGGCGCGGAUCGACCCCUCGACUUAGCGGCCGGGGGCAGCAUGCGAGUGUUGUGUCGGAUCGCACCACUGCACGCGGCUAAAUUCCCGGAUCAAAAUAUCUCCCAAUUCGACCGCGAUGAAAUUGAAGAGGAGUUCGAAUGUCUCCGCGAAGCAGAAUACAACAGGGCGGAACUGGCAAGGCAGCUCAUCAAGAACGGCGCCAGAUUUAUCCCAGCCCCUACAGACAAGCACGCUCCCAUGACGCUUGCCGCCCACUCGCAUGCUCCUCUCGUAAUCGACGUACUCGUCGAGGCAGGAGCAGACGUCGACCUGGAGGACCAGUCGGGCCUCUUCCCGCUGCUCGCCGCCGCGUCCAGCCGCUUCAGCACGUGGCAGAUUGUACGCAACACAUACAUACUAGACACGCUGCGGUGCUUGGCCAAGCAUGGCGCAGACCCGAACCAGACCAGCAGCGUCACCGGCCAGAGCGCGCUGAUGGUCCUGUGCGAGCGUGUCGGCCAGGAUGCCGAUGUCACGUGGGGAUGCAUCGAUUUGCUCCUCGAGGCUGGCGCCGACAUCAAUGCCCGAGACGGGCAAGGCAAGACGCCGCUGGCGACUGCACUCCAGUACAACAACCACAAGACGGCUCGUAAGCUGAUCAAGCGCGGUGCCGUGUGA